CAAUAAUUGAUAUGGUUAUGAUUAUGUCGGCAUGGGUAUAUCCGUAUAUAUGAUAGACAAAUAUACACAGUGACUUAGCACAUACGUGCGUCCUAUAAAUAGGCUGGGAAGAUGAUAUAAUGACUCCAACUAUAUAGGCAAGCUAGCUUCAAUUCGUGCAUCUUUGGGAAAAUAUAUUGAACUAAGCUAAUUUAUAGAUAAGCUAGCUCGGGAAGAUGACGAGUGAACUAGUGCAAGUGCAACCAAAAGGAAAGGUGAUAAGCAUUCUGGCCAUAGAUGGGGGCGGCGUUAGAGGAAUUAUUCCAGGCACUAUUCUUGCUUUUCUUGAAGCUCAGCUGCAGAAAUUUGAGGGGAACCCAAAUGCAAGGAUUGCAGACUACUUUGAUGUGAUAGCAGGAACCAGCACUGGGGGGCUUGUGACGGCAAUGCUGACCACGCCCGGAGAUAAUGGCCUCCCUCUCUUCGCCGCCGCUGAUAUUCCCCCCUUCUAUUUGAACGAGUGUCCUAACAUCUUCAAAAAAGAAUCCAAAACCAAAACUGCCAGCACCCAAAGCCUGGUUACUUCCUUGCUCACCACAAACGUUGCUGAUGUUACUGCUGCUGUGGAAAACCCCAACUUUGAGUUGCCCCAGUUUUCAGAAGAAGAUAUCCCUGACUUUUACAAGCAGCGCCUCCCUCAUUCAGCCCCGCCGCCGCUUCAAACGCCCAUAGCGAAUGCCCAUAUGAUAAGUAAUUUGAAUUUGUUUGCAUUUUCGGAUAUUUGGGCUUGGUUUAAGAAACUAGGGUCUAGUGUGUGGUAUGUCAUCGAGUUCAUUGAGAAGAUGGGUUUUCGUCCAAUGUAUGAUGGUGCUUACUUGCAUGCCAAGAUCAAAGAAAUGGUUAAAGACAUCAAGCUUAACCAAACUCUCACUAACGUUGUCAUCCCGACUUACGAUGUUCAUCGCUUGAAACCAGUCAUCUUCUCCUCUUUUCAGGCAAGGAAGGAGGCUUCAAAGAACCCAAAACUGGCAGAUGUAUGUAUUGCCACGUCAGCAGCACCGAUUUACUUACCUCCACAUAGAUUUGAGUUGCAAUCAUCUCAAGGGAUUGAGAAGUUCAACCUCGUUGAUGGCGGAGUUGCCGCCAACAAUCCGGUGCUGGUGGCUAUAUUGGAAGCGGCAAAAGCUUAUAAUGUCCGGCCACUGCCGGAAAAUUUCAGGAUCCUGUCAUUGGGGACGGGAUCAUGCACAGGCACUCAAAUGGCCGAAGUGGGCGACCCCACUAGUUGGGGCGUGGUCAGGUGGUUGCUGUUUCCGAACAACACCCCUCGUAUCACCGACGUUUUCAUGGGCGGCAAUGAGAGCAUGGUGGACGCCUACACCUCUCUGCUUUUCAGCGGCGGAGCCACUUCCGGCGGCCCCGACAAUUUCCUCAGAAUCCAAUACCAAGGAAUGAAGUACGAUGAAUGUCUGGUUGAUGACUCUAGCAAAGCCUAUCUACAAAAAUUGGAACAGUAUGCAAAUGAUCUGCUUAAGGAUCCUGUUUCUGGUCCGACCACUUCCAACGCUCUUGAGCUCACAAAUGAAGAGGCUCUCAUUUCGUUUGCUCAAAACUUGGUGAAAGACAAGAAGCAUUGAUGAUUGUGGUAAUUAAGAAUAAGGAAGGGCCUAGUUGAGUGACGAUGCAAACUUCAUUCCAGGCCACUUUCCAAAAAAAUAUAUCAUCCGAUCUUACUUAGUGUGUCAUUUUCAGUAAUACUCCGUAAUAAUAAUGUUGUAACAAGACGUAUGAAAAUAAAUGUAUUCGAUCGAUCGAUCGAUCAUAUAUUAUCAGCCAUUUCAGUAUGUAUAACUACACUACUACUACUACUAGUGUGGUGCUAGCCGCUAGGCUGGUCAUCCAUAUGAUGUGUGUCUUCAUCCUAAUAAUGAAAUCUUGGUGUGAGAUAUACUCCGAUCCGUAUAUAAUACGGAGUAUAUUCUUUCUUUUCUUUUGCGAAUUUGUCUAAUGCUAGACUAUUCCUCAUAAUCUUAUAUUCAUAAUCCUUACUGGCA